AUGGUGUUGGCCGAUGCAGGUCUGUGGUCUCAUUCUAAGCAGGACUGGCUGGAUGAGGUGCUGUCAAGAGUGAUCGAGCCAUACGAUUGGAGCUUUGUGUAUGCGGAAGAGAGGGGCACACACAUGUCCAAAGGUCGAGAUUCCCAACAGCAAAUGGAAUGUGCCGGCAUCAAGGAUCUGAAGAAAGUGUUUCGCCGGAAGGACUUGAAGGCACGGGGUUUCAGGAAGGAGAACACCAUUAUCGUGGAGGACACGCCGGGUAACUGUCGGCGCAACUACGGCAACGCGAUCUACGUCUCGACCUACGACGUGGUCCGCAGGGCCCACGACCGGGAGCUGCCCCUCCUCCAGAGGUACCUUGAAAAGGUGAUCCUCGGCUGCCAGGACGUGAGGCCUCUGGAGAAGCGAACGUGGAGAGUGCAGGCGGUCGGACUGCAAAAGAGCAAAGAGGUCAAGAAGCGCCAGCGCGACGCUCCAGAAACGUUAACCAGAAGGCCAUCGAGCGACAGUCCCUGUUUUUGGGCGUUGGAGAACUGGCAGAAGUGCGUGAAUCUGAUCGAUGCGUCGGCCCCGAUUCACCGCGUUCGGGCGGUGGCCUCGUGA